AUGUUUGACCCUCAUAAACCACACCCGCUCCUUGCCCAGGUUCCUCUGACGGUCUCGCCAUUCCUCUCUCUGCCUACCGCUGUAACUCUUCCCUACACAUUUCGAUCCGUGCCCACUUCGCUCCCCCCGUCUGUUAUAUCUGAAAAUGGCACUGAGAAGCCAAAGUACGUCACGUCGUCUUCGGGUCAUACUGCCCAUCCAGACGACAUUGUAGCUUCGUGUAUAGCCCUUCAAGACCACCUUCAAACCACCCGGCAAGCUGCAGAGAAAGCCAUAAAAGAUUGGGAGCAGGAUAUCAAAGACCGAGAUCUGGCAGAGAAACGGAGAGUUGCACCUGGAUGGUUGGACCGUUCAGAAAAGAUCCUGGAGCCCACCAAAGCCACAUCCAAAGGUUCCUCUGACCAGAAUAUACUGGACCAUCAACCCACAAACGUGAUAUCUGCUCCUGCAAUGUCACCCAGUCGAGAAGGCGAAGAACUCGAUCGUGCUUUUGGUGGCUUAGGUGUGAAAUGA